AUGCCUAGACACAAUUAUGUUCCUACACACUUGCAGCAUGAGGCACUACCUCUAAGAGUAUCUUGUUCUGUCGAUUCUCGUCACCUGUCACCAGCCAGUUGUGGAUCACCUCCUUACCCUGACAGCGACGGAAAUCUUUCGACAUCCUCAAACGGGUCCUUGAAACGUCGGCGAGGACCAGGAAGACCUUCAAAAAAAGAGCUCAAAGAAAGAGAAACACGGGUACAAAAGAAAGAAGAUUCUCUAACAAUGGCUCAAGAAAAACUAAAAGACCUCCGUCUACCUUCAACCGGAACAAACAACAAAUCUCAACUCAUUCAAGGCAUUCACCAUUUCCGUGCCGGUGAUCAAGUCGAAGCCUUGAAAUGUAGUGACUAUUGUAAAGAGUGGUACUGUGCCCGGGUAGUCCAGGUUUCAAACGACAAAACCGAGCCAUGUGUGUUCGUACACUACGAAGGCUGGCCACCAGAUCACGCUGACUGGGUAGGCCUUGGUCUGGUUCGCACCCACGCAAACCGUACUCCUUUAAGAUUCGGCCCUCUGGGGAGAGAAAGCGACAGAUCCUGGAAAGACUAUGCCACAUUUUACUACACAAGCCAGAACAUUUCAUUACGGCAAUACACAGGUCUAGUCCAAGACAGACGAAUGGCUCUCCACUCAUGUCCCUGUCACUCGGCCGUAACAAUUCAUCCUGAACGACCGGAUCGAAUUGGUUCUAUUCUACAAGCUUUUCACGCUCAAAAAAUGUUACGUUAUUUUCGUCAUAUACACGCACGCGAGGCUACACUAGAUGAACUUGUGCACGUCCACACCCCAACCCACGUUCGCAAUUACACCUCAACUACCAACUCACUUCCGCCCACAACCGACCACCAACACGAGGUAGAUCCUAACCCACGACCACUCAAGAUCACCUCAAUUGCCGCCCUACUCAACAGUCCGACCGAAUCAGAAGAGAGUCCGCCGUCGCCUAGUCCCCGAAGUCAUCGCCACGGCUCAAUUGUGGGACCCACUAGAGGAGUGGGCGGAGGAGUAGUAGUCGAAGCUAACCAGGACGAUAUUCAGCAACAACACCGUAGAUUUUCCACAGCUGCAACAACCGCAGCAGCAGCAGCAGCAGCAGCAGCGGCGGCGGCAGCCUCAUCAUCAUCAUUAUCAUCAUCAUCAUACGACUCCAACACUGCAGAUCUAUCAGAAGGUGUACUUGUACCAGUCUCACCUCCAGGAUUGGUUUGCAAAAUGACAUGUGGUGAACUAGGCAUUGCUGUCGAUACUACAUUUCACCCGCUCCACUCUAGUCUAGCCGCUCGUGUGGCAGCCGGAGCGCUCAUCAAUCUAGUUACUCCUAUUGUUGAAGGCCAACUUCACAAUGGGUUUGCGCUUAUUCGUCCUCCAGGGCAUCAUGCUGAAGAUGAUAAUGCAAUGGGAUUUUGUUUUUUUAACAAUGUUGCCGUGGCUGUAUCAAACACACUCGAAAAAUAUCCAUCGAAAAUCAAAAAGAUUCUAGUGAUUGACUGGGAUGUUCACCAUGGUAAUGGAACCCAAAAGAUCUUUUAUGAUAAUCCAAAUGUACUCUAUAUCUCUCUGCAUCGAUGGGAACAAGGCAAAUUCUACCCUUUUAGUGGAGCGCCUGAUGAAUGUGGAGAAGGCGCCGGAUUAGGGCGGAAUAUCAAUAUCUCAUUUAACGAGUCUUUGGAUAAGCCCAAACCAAUGGGUGAUACUGAAUUUAUGGCCGCAUUUUAUCAUAUAAUACUUCCGAUUGCAAGGCAAUUCCUUCCAGACAUGAUCUUCGUAUCUGCAGGUUUUGAUGCUGCAGAAGGUCAUCCAGAUAAUCUUGGAGGAUACAAGGUCUCCCCUCGUGGAUUUGCCUUGAUGACAAAGAUGGUCAAGGAAUUAGCAGAAGAAUUAUGUAGUGGAAGAUUAGUGAUGACUUUAGAAGGUGGUUAUGAACUUCAACCUCUGGCAAAUUCAGCAUUAGCGAGCGUUGCCCAGCUACUUCCGGAUCACAUUGACCCUGAUGGACCUUUAGAAUACAAACAUUCAUUAAAUGCCAUCAAACCAAACCAGGGUGCAGUUGAUUCUUUGGAGACAGUCAUUGGAAUCCAAAGGAAGUUUUGGGAUCUACCCGAAUAUCUCUUUCAGCCUGGCUUUAGAUUCCAUUUACCUGUUGAAUGGCGGGCAACCGAUAGUAUAUCCACACGGCCACGUCGAGAUAAAAGACCUAGAAAAGUACCUGUGGUCGAGGGAUAUUGAAAUAAAUACAUAAUAAUAUGCAUAAUUUACAUAUAU